AACUUGGACAACAUUUAGAAUUUAAACAAUCGGAACUCGUCAGUCAGUGAGUGAGGUGCCGAGAAAAGGGGACAGACGCAGCAGAGCGACCACUGGGGAGCGCAUUCAAGAAAUAGAUAGAUCGUACAGAAAACAAAGACACAAACUUUCACGUUGAUAGAUGGAACCACCGCAGACACAAUCAUCGAAAGGAUUAAGUGUUGAAGCGCCAUUAGUUGACUCAGCAUCAUGUUAUUGCAAAGUACUUUCUGGAUUAAAAAAAAUGGCCGAGGCAAGGUCGACGUUUGACUCGGGAUCAAAACUUUGUAAUGCACACAAGACUAAAAACCUUCUACCUGGCCUUCCCGAUAAGCUUGCCUUUGCAUGUCUCAUUCGAGUUCCCCGGGAUGAACACCGAAAGCUCCGGUUAGUUUGUAAGAGAUGGUACUGCCUUUUGACUGGGAACUUAUUCUAUUCUCAGAGGAUUACUCUCGGACUGGCAGAGGAGUGGGUUUAUGUUAUUAAGAAACACCGCAAUGGAAAGAUCUCAUGGAAUGUUUUUGAUCCUGUUUAUCAGCUCUGGCAGCCACUUCCACCAGUUCCUGAGGAGUAUUCUGAGGCCCACCAUUUUGGUUGUGCUGUUCUGAAUGGUUGUCACCUAUAUUUAUUUGGAGGGAAGGAUCCGCUUAAGGGGUCCAUGAAUCGGGUCAUUUUUUACAGCGCCCGGACAAAUAAAUGGCAGAGGGCACCAAACAUGCUCCGAAAACGUCAUUCCUUUUGUUCUUGUGUUAUAAAUAAUUGCCUAUAUGUGGCUGGUGGCGAGUCUAAAGGAUUUCAAACCACUCCUAGAUCAGCUGAAGUUUACGAUCCUAACAAAAACAGAUGGAACUUUGUUUCAAGCAUGAGCACAGCUAUGAUUCCUUUUAUAGGUGUAGUUCAUGAUGGAAAGUGGGUUGUUACAGGUCUUGGGUCCAACCGUGAGGUCAUGAAUGAAGCCUAUGAUCCUGAAACUAAUAGCUGGAUCCCAAGCAGUCGUGGGCUGGUUGCUGGUUUGCGCAAUACACCAUCUUUAAACGGGCGGCUGUAUGCUUUGGAUUGCUGGGAUGGCUGCAAGCUUAGGGUGUAUGAUAGUGACACUAAUUCAUGGAACAAGCUUAUAGAUAGCAAGCUUCAUCUGGAUAAGUGUCAUGCUUUGGAAGCUGCUGCGAUGGUUCCACUCAAUGGGAAGCUUUGCAUCGUGCGCAACAACAUGAGCUUCACUCUGGUUGAUGUUUCCAGUCCUGAAGAACAUGGAGGGACUAACUCUCGCCUUUGGAAGAAUAUAGCUGUACGUUUUAGGACUCUUGACACAAAUGUAUUCUCCAUUGUCCAUGUCCAGGUGCUUCAGGCAUGAGAACUAGUUUCAUUGUUGCUUUAGCUUGGCAUACACGUCAGCAUUCUUGUCCAAUUUCCAUAGAUAGGUAUUCUUUACAAGAAUCUAUUGAAUUCCAUUGUUUAUACUUUAGAUGACAUUGAUCAACAUUCAACAGUAAUUUAUCAAUAACUGCAAAUCUAUAAACUCAAGUAGUAGCACUACAAGAAUUAUAAUUUUCAAUGACGAAAUGGCAGCAUUAUGUUUGUAUAUAGAAAAUAUCAGGUUCGUAAAAUUGUGAUUUGUUUCGACUCAGAUUCAACCUGCUGUAUACUUAGAUUCUGUAUGAGUAACUUAAAAGGUAUGCUCUGUUCAGGAAAA